AUGGCCCGAAUAAGACAAUUCCGCAUUCCCCAGUUCGAAAGCGCAGAGCGCAAGGGCCGUGACGCUGUGUUCGGUGCAGACUACGUCAGCGCAGUAACCGAGGAGGUCAACAAGCUGGGAUGUUCCAAGGUGUACCUCGUCGCGUCGACGAGCCUGAACGCGCAGACGGAUGCGGUCAAGAGAUUGGAGGAGGCGCUUGGCAACAAACUGUGCGGAAAGAAGAUCGGUGUGAAGAGCCACACGCCGUACGACGAGGUGCUCCAGAUCGCGAAGGAGACGAAGGAGAACGGCGCCGACAUUAUCGUGACGCUAGGAAGCAGCUCGUACAGUGAUGCGGCCAAGGCUGCCCUAAUCAUUCACGCCUCGCUUCCCGUUGAUAAAAUGGACGUCGACUCCAUGGAGUCUUUCAACGGUGGAUAUGUAGACAAGAAAACAGGCGAAUUGAACUCGCCGGCGACCGUCAGAGAACCCACGCUCAAGCUCAUAUGCGUGCCUACCUCUCUUUCAGCGGCGGAGUGGAACGCAAACAGCGGCUGUACGAACCCGAUCACACGCAAGAAACAGCACUUCGGUCACCCCGCCUGCGCACCAAACCUCAUUGUGCUCGACCCGCAGCUCUCGCUCACGACCCCACUGCACCUCUGGCUGAGCACGGGCGUACGUGCGGUGGACCACUGCGUCGAGACGCUCUGCACCGACAGAAGCAGCGCCGAUAUCAAGGACACCGCGGAGGAGGGCUUGAGGGCUCUCACGGAGGGUCUGCUGAAGUGUAAGGAGGAUGAGACCGAUGCCGCGGCGCGUGCGGAAUGCCAGAUCGGCGCGUGGAAGGCAGUGCGGUCUAUCGUAUCCAAAGUCCCACUGGGUGCGUCGCACGCGAUAACACAUCAGCUGGGCGCAUUUUGUGGUGUACCACACGGCAUAACCUCCUGCAUUAUGCUCUCUCCGGUGCUCAAGUACAACGCGGCGCACUCCCCGUCGAACGCACAGCUGCAACAGCGGGUCUCAGCGAUCUUCUGGUCCGCUAUACCGGACACCCUUGUUCGGGCAGGACUUGAAGAAGCUCAGGCUGACGCCGGAGACCUCGUAAAGGCCUUCGUGCAGGCUCUGCGUUUCCCGACGACAUUGACGGAGGUGGGUGUCGGCGAAGAUGUAUGGGACAACGUCGCGAAGGCGUCCCUGGAAGAUGCGUGGGGAAAGACCAACCCUGUGCCGCUUGAAAGCGUUGAGCAGGUGAAGGAGAUCCUCGCGAUGGCUAAAUGA